GCUAGCCACAUUAAUAUGGAUACGAGCAAUGGCAGCUCCUCAGCAGCGGCACCUCAAAGCCGGCCUCUCUCGAUACGCACGAAACCAAGGGCACCAGCCGCCGGCACCGACGAAUGGACGACGAACGAUUCCACGGCGGAGAAGGAGCCCGUGAGCCCUACUGCAAGGCUCAUGGAACCUGUAUACAUCGUCGUAACCAUUGGCCUCGGCUCACCCUUAGACCUACCCGUCUUCACCACCCACAUGGCCAGCGGGCUUCCCCGAUAUUCACGCUUCCAAAGUAUUCAGGUGACAGAGGAUGGCAACCUGCGGUGGGCACGCGUAAAGGUGAAGAUGGAGGAUCACAUCGUCGUCCCGACGCUGGAUCCCGUGGCCGUGGCCGCUAACCCAGACCAGUCCGUGGAGGAUUACGUGGCCUCGCUGUUCACGCUCCCCAUGGACCGCUCCCGCCCGCUCUGGGAGUUCCACUUCCUCAACUUCCCGACUUCGGAGGCCACCUCCACCGCCAUCAUCCGCGUGCACCACUCCCUUGGCGACGGGAUGUCGCUCAUGACGCUCCUCAUGUCGUCUGCAAGCAGCGCCGCUGACCCGACGAGACUGCCGGCCAUGCCGAAGCAGCCAGAGCGCACUGGCGCCAUCUACGCGCCGCGGCGGCCGCGCUCUUCUGGCGCCAUGCCUUUUCUCGGCUGGGUCUGCUCGUAUUUUGUCUUAGCCUGGAACACCAUGGUGGACGUUGCCGCCUUCAUCGCCACAAUGAUGUUCCUGAGAGACCCGCACACGCUCUUCAAGCGCUCCGACGACACAGUGUUCAACCCACCGAGGCGCUUCGUACACAGGAGUCUUAGCUUGGACGACGUCAAGUUCAUCAAGAAUGCCAUCAACUGCACUGUCAAUGAUGUCUUAGUUGGUGCGACUUCUGCUGCUCUGUCACGGUAUUACUUCCGCAAGUCAGGUAACAGCAACUCGGAUAAAAUCCGUCUGCGCUCGGUCCUCCCUGUCAAUUUAAGGUCAACCACUAGCUUACAAGCAGGCGCCUUUAUCUUCCGCCGCAUGUUCGCAAAUACAACUAUAUCUUUCACAAGCAUGAUUGGACCGGCUGAACAAACAAAUUGGUGUGGGCACCCAGUUGUCUUCAUUGCACCUAGUGUUUAUGGAGUUCCCCAAGCUCUGAUUAUGCACUACCAGAGUUAUGGUAGCACUAUCAAGGUGAUUCUAUCUGUCGACAAGGAAAUAUUUCCGGAUUAUAGUCAACUUCUAGAUGACUUUGCUGUCUCCUUCAGGUGCAUCAAGGAUGCAGCCUCCAAGCUUUAAUAUUCAUCAAGAAAGAGUAAUUCCCAAAUAAUUUUAUAAUUUUACUUACUCAAGCUGUAUAAUGCUACCACUAUAUACUCCUAUGUAUUCGAUGAAUGUAUAGCGAAGCGCUACAUGGUAAUUACAACCAUAAACACUACAAAAUUACGGUUGGAAUUCAAAUACAUUGAGCGCACUGUUAUUGUUGGAUAAUGAUGUAUCCAAAGGGAAUUUGAAAUGCAAUUUCUAUAUCAGGACCA